AUGCCUCUCUUUUACCUGCAGGGCAUGCCCAUCGGCGGCGUGUCCCUGAUGCUUGCCUGUGUAGCCAGUAUAGGUGGUUUCAUCUUCGGUUACGAUACCGGCCAGAUCAGCGACAUUCUUGUCAUGGACGACUUUCGACAACGUUUCGGAAACUGCACAAAUCCAUCCGAUCCUUCGACGUGCGAGUUCACCAAUGUUAGAGCUGGGUUAAUUGUCUCUUUGCUGAGUAUCGGCACACUGUCCGGAGCAUUAGCGGGUGCUGUUAUCGCAGAUUUCCUUGGGCGUAGAUGGGCCAUGAUCUCAGAAUGUCUCCUAUUUUGCGUCGGCCUCAUCAUUCAGAUGACGACGUUCACGGUUUGGCAACAAGUCGCUGUGGGUCGCUUUGUGGCAGGUCUAGCUAUCGGAGCUCUGAGUGCAGCCGUCCCAAUGUAUCAAGCCGAGACCGCUCCUACGCAGCUUCGUGGAACUCUAACGGCCACAUACCAACUGUUCAUCACGGCCGGUAUCCUUGCUGCAUAUUCCAUCGGUAUCGGAACGAGAGACCUCACAGGCGCGGCGCAAUGGAAAACACUCAUUGGUAUUGGUUUCGCUUGGCCGGCCUUGCUUAUCUUUGGCAUGUUGUUCAUGCCAGAAUCACCCAGAUGGCUCGCCGCCAAAGGUCGUUCCAAAGAAGCCGCUCGCGCCAUUGCUCGGACCUAUGGUAUCCCCCAGAAAGAAGCCGACUCCAACCGCUUCGUACAAGCUGAAGUCGACGAAAUUAUUAACCAGUUAGAAGCCGAACGUCGCCUCAAAGCCGGUUGGAUUGACUGCUUCAGGACCAACAACAUGACACUAUACCGAACCAUCCUCGGAAUGUCGCUGCAAAGUCUUCAACAACUUACCGGAGCGAAUUACUUUUUCUACUACGGAGCGACGAUAUUCAGGGGAGUCGGUAUCGCCGACUCGUUCGUGAGUCAGAUCAUCCUCGGAGCUGUGAAUUUUGGGUGUACAUUCGGAGGUCUUUAUGUUAUGGAACGGUUCGGACGACGGUUGCCCUUGAUCUGGGGUGGCCUAUGGCAAGCUCUGUGGCUUUUCGUUUUCGCCGCCGCUGGAACGGCAAGAGACCCACUAUACAACGAAUCGGUCGGAAAACUUAUGAUCACGAGCGCCUGUCUUUUCAUUCUCGGAUACGCGACGACUUGGGGUCCAGGUAUCUGGAUUUUGAUUGGUGAAACGUUCCCCACCCGAACCCGCGCAAAACAGGGUGCGCUGGCGACUGCCUCCAAUUGGACUUGGAACUUCCUCAUCUCUUUCUUCACCCCGUUCAUCACUUCCUCCAUCGGCUUCCGAUACGGAUUCGUGUUCGCAGCGUGCAACUUGACGGGCGCUGUCGUCGUCUAUUUCUUCCUUUACGAGAGUUCGAAUUUGUCUUUGGAGAGUGUUGACAACAUGUACAACGACCCCGACUGCAAAGCGUGGAAUUCACGCCACUGGGUUCCCGCAGGAUACUCCUCCCGCUUCGACCUCGUCGAACAGACCAAAGCUGCUCAAGCUCGCAAACCUUUCGCAAAACCACAAGGCGACGAGCAGCGUAUGGAGAAGGCGGGGGACAUAAACUCGGAGGCCAGCUCUGCCGCGUCCGCUGAGCGAGGAGAAGUAGUAAUACGGCCCAUCUCGACCAUGCGCGCACGUUCACGGUCGCAGGCCUUCGACGAGGAUGAUGAUGUCGAUCGAGAGCACCCCUUCGUUGACGGCCAUGGACCGGGAAGCCCAGGAUAUCCGGUACGCUUGACGCAGAGCGGACCUCGAGGAGGGGGAGGUAUACAUCAUGAAGAUGGACAUGGAAACUAUUGA